UGACUAUAGGUGGGCAAUCAGAACAUUUGCCAUAGCCUCCACAUUUGAAUCGUUUUCGGAUAUUGAGAAAUUGCUUUGCAGUUGUGGCCAUGGUGCAUCCACAGCAGCCGAACCUAUAUAUACUGAUAUGCAGAUUCUCUACACUACCAGACACUACCUCCUCAUAUUCUUUGCGACCGUACAUCCCUCGUUUAUCCAUAUCAAUCAUGAAUUCGUUCAAGAAAAUGUUCCAAAAGUCUAACGACGACCAGAAGGCGCCGCUUAAGCAUUCCAAAUCAAUGCCAUACGGAUUCUAUUCAGAAGGGAGAAAGCGCGAGCCUCUUCGUGACGAUUCUUCCAAACCCGCAUACCGUGGCAAGACUCCCCUUAAAAAGUCCGACAUCAUGUAUGUCAAGCAAGCUCCAGGGAUACUCGACAUCUAUCAUGGCAAACUGUCACAACAUACCUACUACCAUGGGCCAGCUCGCGCAAACGUUGACACACGCGCGGACUCUGACUUGCUGGCCAAGUUUCCCCAUUCCCCCGAACCAACUGAGGGCCUCCCUCACCGUGGUUUCAGAGCACUUUCUUUAAACUCGAAGGAUAUAAAGCCCCAAAUUCCUAUCUAUAAUUCGGGUACAAGUGGCCAAGAAGCCUACCCUUCCGGUCCCCACAGAAAACAGGAGCAUGAGGCCACUGUUGACCAACUUCGGCGGAUGUACGAUGGACCCCAGACAACCAUACUCACAGUGGCAGACUGGCAGAACGUAUUCGUGCUAAGUCGAGCACUGAUCGCUCGAAUAUCCAUCCUCCCCCCGCUCCCGCUCCCCCUCUUCCCACCACCCGCGCCUUAAAUCCAACACUCUCGCACUCCGCACACAGCUCACACGUAAAUAUUCGGGAGGUUCCAUCCCAGGACGCCGUCUCGACUCCUGU